AAAUCAUCCGACAUCCAUUCUUUUCGGCUGCACUUUCGAUGCAUCUCCGAUAUACGAAAGGUGACGGCUAAAUAGAGCCUGAACAAUUAUGACGACUUCGCGAAGCAGCACCCGACACUGUCCGUUGCACGUUGGAGGUUAAAUCCUCGGAUCGGAGCAAGAUAGUUCGGCUGUGGUUCGGCCUCGCGCGAGUGCAUUGGUUUGUCAGCCGGGAUUUGACUGCAUGGGAAUUUCACGCCCGAAUAUUCUCUGAAACAUGGAUUCACCGCCGAACCUGGAGACCGUUUACCAGGCCGUGUUCUCUUUAUAUAACAAUACAAAUCCGGCUGAACCAGGAAAGGCGUCACUAUGGCUAGGAGAAUUGCAGAGAUCGGUAUUUGCAUGGAAGAUAGCUGAUGAGAUGUUACAUCAAAAACGAAAUAUAGAGUCUUGUUAUUUUGCUGCACAAACAAUGCGUACUAAGAUCCAACUUUCUUUCCACGAAUUACCCCAGGAGGCACAUACUUCGUUGAGAGAUUCGUUGAUGGAACAUAUAUCACAAAUUAAUGAACAUACUAAUUCUGCCAUUGUUACUCAGUUAUGCUUAGCAUUAGCGGAUUUGGCUCUACAAAUGUCUUCCUGGCAGAAACCAGUGGUAGAUUUAAUCAACAGGUUUGGAGGAAAUACUGCAAAUCUUUGGCCAUUACUUGAAAUAAUGACGGUGCUCCCAGAAGAAGUAAAUUCAAGAUCUCUCAGGCUAGGAGCUAAUCAUAGGCAGCAUAUAUUGCUUGAACUGAAUGCAAAUGCAGAUACUGUGACAGAGUUUCUGAAAAUGUGCCUAAAAAACAGCGGUGAUAAUUUACAAAUUCAAGUCACUAUUUUGCGAUGUUUUACCAGCUGGAUAACUGUUCAUGCGAUACCACUUAAAGCUGUACCCUCGAGUGAGGUAGUCGUUUAUGCUUUACAAGUCCUCAGCAAUCAUAUGGCUGUUUCACAGCUUCAUGAAACGGCUACCGAUUGUAUCUGCAUAAUUUUACAGGCGUUAGCAGAAGAUAGCAGUACCAAUCGUGGUAGUGACAACGAAACAAAUGUACAAUUGCAGCAAUUGCAAUUAUGUCUUUUUACAAGUGUAAUAAAUUUAGAACAACCAUAUCAUUUAUCUGUUGCGCACGAGGACAUGGAAAAGUCUAUAAAUUAUUGUCGAAUAUUCACGGAACUAGCCGAGACAUUUUUGGAGACUAUGGUGACAGGUAGCGAAGAUGGAAAACAGCAUUAUGCCAUAAAAAUUUUAGAUCUUGUCCUCACAUGUGUGGGUCAUCAUGAUUAUGAGGUUGCACAGAUAACUUUUAACCUAUGGUAUCGGCUAUCAGAAAUUCUUUAUCAAAAAAAUAGCGAUGAUCUUAAUGCUGUAUUUCGACCUCAUAUCGAGAGACUGAUCGGUGCCCUCUGCAGACAUUGCCAAAUGGAACCUGACCAUUUGGGUCUCGUGGAAGAAGGAGGAGGAGGCGAGGAAUUUGCUGACUUUCGAAAUCGCGUAUCGGAUUUGAUAAAAGAUGUAGUAUUCGUAGUUGGAAGUAGCCACUGUUUCCGACAAAUGUUUUCAUCGCUGACUGGAGGCCCUGGACCACAGGGUCAACCUAUACAUACGCCUACUUGGGACUCAACUGAAGCGGCUCUUUUCAUAAUGCAGGCGGUGGCAAAAAAUAUUCUACCAGAAGAAAAUGAUGUAGUUCCGAAAGUGGUAGAAGCUAUUCUUAAUUUACCGGAAAAUACUCAUAUAGCCGUACGCUAUACUAGUAUUCUUCUGUUAGGCGAAUUAUGUGAAUGGAUAGAUAGACAUCCACAAUCACUAGAACCAGUUUUAAAUUUCCUCUUAGCAUGUUUAAAUCAAAAGGGUUUAGGAAGUGCUGCUUCGGGUGCAUUAUUAAGCAUAUGUACUGCUUGUCCGUUACAUAUGGCGUCACACUUUUCUGGACUUUUACAAAUAGCACGUUCUCUCGACAACUUUGCUAUUAGCAACGAUGCAGCCAUUGGCCUAUUAAAAGGAGUAUCAAUAAUUUUGGCAAGAUUACCACAUGAGGAAAUUACUCCGGCAAUGAGAGAAUUGUGCUGCUUUCAAGCAAGUUCUCUGUGGACGCUUCUGACGGAUAGAGUUCAAAUAGAGAGAGGAACAAAGACUGAUCCUGUGAUAUGGCUGGAUAGAUUAGCCGCUAUAUUUAAACAUACCAAUCCUCAGAUUGAUGACCCUAAUAAGCCUCACCCUUGUCAAAGUGUAAUCACUGAAAUGUGGCCUGUAUUGUCGAAUGUAUGCGAAACAUAUCAACGAGAUGUGAGAGUCAUGGAGAGAUGUUGUCGUUGCAUACGUUUUGCAGUACGUUGUGUAGGCAAAUAUUCUGCUCAUUUACUCGAACCGAUUGUGAAACAGAUUGUACCGUUAUAUACGGUACAUAAACAUAGUUGUUUCUUGUAUCUUGGUUCUAUAUUGGUGGAUGAAUACGCAAACGACUCGGAAUGUGUAUGGAAUCUAUUAAAUAUGUUACAAGCUUUCAUCUGUCCUACUUUUGCUCUUCUCGAACAAGAAGAUGGUUUGAAAAAUCAUCCUGAUACGGUAGAUGAUCUGUUCAGGUUGUGUGCCAGGUUUCUUCAAAGGGCUCCUAUCCCUUUGUUGCAUUCUCCCGUUAUUGGAAGUAUUGUAGAUUGUGCUAUAAUGGCUUGCAGUUUGGAUCACAGAGACGCUAAUAGUUCAGUAAUGAAAUUCUUUUAUGAUCUUUUACAUAGUGGCCGCAGUUACAAGGAUCGAUCAGAUUAUACGAUACGACGACAAUUGGUACAAAAUAUAUUGCGAGAAAAAGGCCAAACGUUAGUCAUAAAAUUAUUAUACGCUUCAGUGUUUGAUUUAUCUUCUUAUAUGCUGUCCGAUGUGGCGGAUGUCAUUAUAGAACUUACCCGAAGUGACACAGACCUCAUGUCAAAAUGGUUGGAAGAAGCUAUCAAGACAAUGCCAUCACAAAAUGCAGGUGGAGCUCCUACAGCAACACCUGAGCAAUUACUCGAAUUUCAUAGUACAGUCACGAGGUCAGAAACACCGAAAACCGUCACAAGUGCUCUACGAAAUUUUGCGCGCUUGUAUCGCUAAUGCAUUUUAAUGUAUAUUUACUUUAUUAAAUUCCUUAAAAAUUAUUCAUAAGAUUUUCCAGCGAAUUUCGAUUAUUUCGAAACAAUAAAAUUUGACAUG